AUGCUGUUUUUGCUGCUUUUUGGGACGAUAUGUCCUGGAAACGCGUUUACUGCAGAGGUUCCUGUUCAUGUCAAAUUGGCCGACGGAAGUCCGAUUAGAGGGAAAAAGGUGAAAUCGGUUAAUGAUACGGAGAUUGAGGCGUAUUUGGGAAUCAGAUAUGCCAAGGCGCCGAUUGGUGAGAAACGAUUUGCGCCACCGGAACCAGUCGAUGGCUGGAGCGCUCAGUACAACGCGACUCGUUUCGGAAACAGUUGUUGGCAAACUAAUGAUGAUACGUACGGCGAAUUCAAGGGCUCAGCAAUGUGGAAUCCUAACACAAAGAAAGAUGAAGAUUGCCUCUUUUUGAAUGUCUGGACCAGCGGAAAAACAAAGAAAAAAGCUGUUAUGUUAAUGGGAUCGUUUAAUUCUGGAACUGCCUCGUUGGAAGUUUAUGAUGGCCGAGUUAUUGCCGCUCUAGGCGAUGUUGUUGUCGUUUCACUAAACUACCGACUCGGUCCCUUUGGCUUCAUGCCCCGAUUAGACAAGACAGUCGCUGAUAACGCUGGUCUACUCGAUCAGCGUUUGGCAAUGAAGUGGGUCCAGAAAAAUAUCCACAAGUUCGGCGGUGAUCCCGACAACGUCACUAUCUUUGGCGAAUCAGCAGGAGGAGCUUCUGUUGGAAUGCAUCUCAUUUCACCGGACUCGUGGCCACUUUAUAACCGGGCGAUUAUGCAGUCGGGGUCCACCAUGUCUGACUGGGCUAGUGCAACAGAAGAACUCGCCAUCAGCAAAACUCUUGAGCUCGGCCGAAAAGCGGGAAUCCAAUCAUGUGACGUGUCUUCACCUACAGAUCGACGUCGAUUUUUGGCUUCCCUACGAGAUCUCGACGCACAGACCUUGACUGAUUCGCAGUGGGUGGACUCUGCUGAUGAGAUUUUCGAGUUUUCCUUUGUCCCAAUUAUUGGCAAGACUGGCGACACUCUCCCAGGCGACCCAAAGGAGCUUUUCCGUCAGGGUAAAUUCAAGAAAACAGAUAUCAUCUUCGGCUGGAAUAAAAACGAAGGCUCUUGGUUCAAUACCUAUGUUUUGGAAGGAUUUGAUGUGAAUACGGACUCGCUUAUUUCUCCAGAUUCUUAUGAAAAAAAUCUCUACAAAUGCGGCUUGGGAUUGGACAAAGUCGGUCUUGCUUCUGUCGCAUUCGAAUAUGCUCCCUGGGACAGUCCAGCUGAUAUGGCUGGCUACAGAGAUGCCUUAGAUCAAAUUGUCGGACAUAAGCACGUGACCUGCCCUGGAAUCGAAUUGCUUCAAAAUGUCGCGAAAUUCAGGAAUUUGCGCGCAUAUGGCUACCAACUUGACUCUUUUAUUUCUUCGAAUCCUUGGCCAAAGUGGAUGGGUGUAAUGCACGGUUAUGAAAUCGAAUAUGUUUUCGGAACGAUUCUUCUGCAGGGACAAGGAUUCUAUCCGAUGGUUAACUUUAACCCUGAAGAAUUUGUUCUGACCAAACGAAUGAUUCAAUACUGGACGAAUUUUGCGAAAACUGGCUCUCCGAUGGGCAACGCUGAUAGCAACAAAAAUUAUCAGCUCAAAAACUUGCCAAAUUGGGAGCAGUUCGACAGUGAAUUCAAUCGAUAUCUUAUUCUCGAUCAAGUCCCAAACCAGACCAUGCUCAAAUCUGAAAUCCUCCCUUAUCAUCGAAAAUGCGAAUUUUGGACGCGACAGAUUCCAGAGCUCAAGCGUCUAACCUCGUCGAUUACUGACGAUAUGACCGCUUGGAAAGAUGAUCUUGGUCGAUGGUCCUCUGCGAUGGAUCGAUGGGAAGAAGCUUUUGAUGAUUAUACCCGUGGUCGCAGAAGUCGCAACUAG